UCUGCGAUCAUGUCACUUGUAUUGUAUUAACUGUCAAAUAAAAUAUCAUUUUUUUAGCUUGAACCUUGAAUUGGUCAUCAAUUUUGUCAACAAGUCCAGUAAAUUCGUAGACUAGAUAGUGUUUUUGUCUUGGAUGGCGUAUACUUUCUAUUUCAUUUAGAUAUUCUCGUCAAGUAAACCCUAGCCUAACUUGUACGUUAAAUAAAGAUAAUAAAAAUGAGUACGAUGGAAGAAAUAGAAGAAGAGGCGAAAGCUGCAGCGGAGAAGAUGGUAAUGAACAUGAUGCAGAGACCAGGACAGCUAGAAAAGGUUGAACACUAUAAGAAAAGAAUUACACAUAAAAAGGCUUCUAUUGAGGCUCAACUGAAGUCAGCAGUUCAGGGCAAACUAGAUGGAGUCAGUGUUGGAUUGAAGCAACUACAAGAAUGUUUGGAAGAUGUUCAACAAGUAAGCCUCAAAAUGGAUGAAUUAGAAGAAUUAUUAAAAAGUGUGCCCCCUCUUGUGGCAUCUCUGCAAGCAGUGAGGGAAGAAGAUUCUCGUCAUUCACAAUAUGUUACUGCUAUGGACAGUCUGAAACAUAUAUUCACAGUACCAGAAAGUGUUGCUAAAACAAAACAAUGGAUUGGAGAAGGCAAACUGCUGCAUGCACAUCAAUGUCUAAAUGACUUGGAGAACUCUAGAGAUGAUUUGUUGUAUGAGCUGCAUAGGUUGCCUAAUCAGUCAUCACAUGAUAAAAUAAUGCUCAAGGCAUAUUUUGAAGAUGUAGAGAUGGUGUCAAACCUCCUUGAGAAACAGAUCAAACUUAUCCUUGCAAGAACUUUAAACACUGUCCGUAAAGAACCAACUGUUAUAGUAACAGCAUUGAGGAUUAUCGAGAGAGAAGAAAAACGAGAUCAGAUGGCAUUGCAGCAACAAAGUCAAACAGGUUUUAUGCCUCCUGGCCGACCUAAAAACUGGAGAGCGAAAGCUUUUGAAGUACUGGAAUGUGCCGUCGCCCAGCGAAUAGAAGGCACUCGCGUUGACGAGAGAGAGGACAAUAAACUGUGGCUGGUCAGAUACUUGGAACUUACGAGACAGCUUAUUUUAGAAGAUCUUAGAGUUGUCAAAACAUUGUGCGUUCCUUGUUUUCCGCCGCAUUACGAUAUUGUUAACAAAUAUGUUAAUAUGUACCAUAUUUGUUUGUCGGCUAGUCUGCAAGAUGUAGUUACUAAUGGAAUAGAAGGAAAUGAAUAUGUUACAUUAUUAUCGUGGAUACUAAACACUUAUCCAAAACAUGAGUUAAUGGGUAGCACAGAACUGAAUAUUGAUGUGUCGACCUUACCACCUUUACUUAGCAAAGAAACUAUGCAAAAACUGCAGGAUGAAUAUUUGCAGAAAAUGGAAUCUAACUACAUGGAGUGGAUGGAGAAAACUUUAGAAUCCGAGCGCGCGGAAUGGGCGGGGCAACGGGCUCCCGAUGUUGAGCCUCAUUCAAACGCCUACCUCACACACGCACCCGUCAUCAUAUUCCAGAUGAUCGACCAGAACUUACAGGUUACCGAAACUAUCAGCAAAGAUAUAACAUUCAAGGCUCUAUUACUAAGUAUAGACCAAGUAACACGCUAUGGAAACAUGUACAGAGAAGGAGUCAUACAAUUCAAGAACGCUCACUUCGCGGACCGUUCCCGCGUGGCGUACUUCACGCACCACAUGAUCACUAUCGUGAACAACAGCGAGCAGAUGGUACGGCUGGCGCAGCAGACACAGGCGCGGCACUGGCCGCCCGGCCGGCACGACCCGCCUGCCGAAGCCAAGUUCGACAAAAUGCUUAACACUUUCCAGAGCUUGAGAGACGAAGCAGCACAAUUCCUCCUUGAGGAAGCAUUCCUUGACCUAGAGGUGCACUUUGAAGACUUAUUUACUGCGAAGUGGCUACCCUCCACUAUACCAGUGGAUACUAUAUGCAUCACACUCGACGACUAUUUUCAAGAUUACAACCAUUUGAGGGAUAAAAAUUUUGAGUAUGUAAUUAAUGAAGCGCAAAAUCUCGUCUACAAGAAAUAUAUAACGGCUAUGUUAUCCAAGAAAGUUACAUUUAAGAAUGUUGAAGAAGCUCAGCUAGCUGCAACUAAAAUAGUGAAGGAGGCAAAUCAAAUAAGGUCCUUCUUUAGAAAGAUUGCAGCCGAGGGCGUCAACGUAGACUAUCCAUUCGAAGUCAUUAGCAUGUUGGCAGAGGUGUUACGUUGCCAAGACAUCGAGAUGCUAUCGCUGGACUUGCACAGCGUGGUGGCGAAGUGUCCGGACAUGUCGGAGGAGCAGCUGUGGCGGCUGGUGUGGCUGCGCGGGGACGUGCCGCGGGCGCGGCUCCGCGACACGGUGGCCAUCGCGCUCGCCUCGCGCCCGCCGCCGCGCGCCAACUCACACCCCUCGCUCUUCAAGCACAUCACAUUCAACGAACGAUUACUCGCACAUUUUAACCUCUAAGCGCCUGUUUUCACAAUCACUGAUUAGCCGCUACCUAUCUGGCAGAGAAAUAUAUUUUUUUUACAUUAUUUGUAUGAAAAAACCUGUUAAGUAAUUUAACGGGAACUUAUGAGGCGGUGGUAAAACAGGCCCUAAAUGUGUCAGGCCCUAAAGGCCCUGAUUGAUGGCUAACUUGUAAAAAAUCUUUAAGGCCUCAUUACGAAUACCAAAGUUCCAACAUUUAACUUUCACAUCUGGUAAAAGCAAGCGUAUGAUGUCAGUUAUUUCUAUUCAUAAAAACUCCAAUAGCCAACAGGAGACUGUGGACUUUAAUCAGUAUGAUAGCCUGAGUCCGUUAGCGCUAACUAGGUCGGGGUGACACUUAUAUUAUAAGAAUGUAAUAA